AGGAACAGAAAGGUAACGUUAGCUAAAGGUUAGCGGUCGUCUUUGACAGAACAUUGCGCUUGACCUUUACCAGGACAAAGAUAAAACCACAAAGCUGUUCACUUAGUUGUUGUUGUUUUUUUCCAGGUCAAACAUAUUUAAAAAAUAUAUAUAUAUUAAUUUGAUCAUAGAUUGCUCGCUCAACAAAUAAACUAGCUAGCUAAAUUGCUAGAUUGCUAGUAAUGGAGAGGCAAAUGCUUGUGCUGCUGCUAAACUGUGGGGGAAUUUGAAUAGCUAUGGCCGAUGCAAGUACCAGAGUGAUGGAAAAGGGCAGAGGAAGGAUUACAUCAGAUUCCGCUCUGAGAGGCGUCUAUCCUCAGCAGUAUCUUAAUCCGGCUACUCAAUGCAUAGAGAUUCAGGAGCUCGCCUCCAAGCGCGUCGACAUCCAGAAAAAGAGGUUUUAUCUAGAUGUGAAACAGAGCGCACGGGGCCGAUUUCUCAAAAUUGCUGAGGUGUGGAUUGGAAGAGGCAGACAUGAUAAUAUCAGAAAGAGCAAACUGACGCUCUCAAUGUCGAUGGCUCCUGAUCUGAGGUACUGCCUGGGAGACUUCAUCGAUUAUUACGCUCACAUAGGGUUGCGGGGAGCUCAGGUGCCACGGCCAGAAGAGCAAAGCAACGGCCAAGGCCGGCCUCAUGAUUCCCGUAGGAGACCGCAAGAACAUCAAGCAGCACCAAACUCUCCUACUGGCUCUGCCGCGUCGGAAGAGCACACCCAUCGGGUUCUGAAGAGUGAAUUCAUCGAGAGAGAUAACAGAAAGUACUAUUUAGACUUGAAAGAAAACCAGCGCGGCAGGUUCCUCCGCAUUAGGCAGACGGUCAGCCGAGGACACGGUACCAUGGGAUAUUACGGUCAGGGCAUUGAGCAGACCAUCGUGUUGCCAGCGCAGGGGCUAAUUGAGUUCAGAGAUGCGCUGUCGCAAUUAAUUGAAGACUACGGAGACGAAGAAAUUGACGAGAGAACCAGGAGCAGCAGGAGCCAAGACGAAUCACCGGAGCUUCCCGAGGCGGUAUCUUUCCGAGUAGACAACAAGAGGUUUUAUUUCGACGCAGGUUCCAACAGGUACGGUGUGUUCUUAAAGAUAAGCGAGGUACGGCAGCCAUACAGAAACACAAUCACUGUGCCCCUCAAGGCCUGGGCUAGAUUUGGGGAUAACUUCAUCAGGUACGAAGAGGAGAUGCGGCGCAUCUUUACCUGUCACAAGGAGAAGAGGACGCAGGCACGGGCGGACAGUGAGGAUCAAGAGGAUUGACAACGGUUUACAUUUUUGGCAGAAGGUUUGCUUACAUGAUUGUGAGAUCCAAACAGAAAUAACAAAUAUAAAUGUGACAAUAGCAUAGUUUGUUUAAAAAUGUUUUGUUUUCUAAUAAUGUACCUCUAAAAUAAUGUACUGUAUGACUCUAGUCAACUAGCACUUUCAAAUUAAUAACUGUUGUUCCUGUUUCAUUCAUUAGUUUUUACGCCAUAAAUCGCGAAUUCGUACUGAAUGACGAUGAUGGGAAUAUAAGUAGAUCAUUUUUUGCACAAUGAAAAUUAUAUUUGAAAUGUGGUGAUUUUAUUGUGUAUUUCAUUUUGGCGUAACCAUUGCAUUGGGAUUUGAAUAUCCAUGAAAUCGUAGAUGUUCUGAA